AGGGAUGAAAGGAAAAGACGGUUGGCAGAUUUCAAACCAGGUCAUCUGAGGACGAGAGGAGAGCGGGUGGGGAAGAGUGCAGAAUUAGGACAAGAAGCAACAUGCUUAGUCAGGUCUGAGACGUCUGGAAUUAGCCAGAGGAUAGAAUUUGUCUUUUUACGAGGCAGACAGAUCUAGGUUAGACUCCAGGCAGACAUUUUGUUCGAGACAACAUAUUUGCAGCGAAAGAGAAGUUAAUUCAACAGAAGCCCCACAGCUGCGAUUCGUUUCUACAGAAGCGACAACCCCUUCCUCUCCUCCCCACCUCACCAGUGAAAUCACCCUACAUCUCACCCACAAGAUCUUACCCGCUUGGCCCCCGACCAGUACCACACUUGUGCUGUCAAAACCUCUCAAGAUGUCUCUGAAGAUAGCCCUUGUACUGGCCAGCGUGUUGUCCACUGCAGAUUUCCUGAAGUGUUACAACUGUGCUGGGGAUCAAUGCACUGAUAAUCCAUUGACUUGCCCUCAAGGGUUUGAUCGCUGUAUGAUAUCAAACACUGCUGUGGGAACCGCAAAGGCAUGUGGCUCUCAAGCUUUAUGCAAUGUUGCACAACAACUGAAAGUAAACUGCUGCGAGGAGGAUCUGUGUAACGGCGCAGGGACCAUUGGGAAGAACCUCCUGCUCCUGCUGGUGCCGGUGGCCUCCAUCUUUGUGCUCUCCUGAGCUGAGAGCUCCACCCUCCUCCUCCACCACUGGCCCCAGUUCAGCUCCACCCUCCUCCUCUUCCUCCUCCACCACCAGUUCAGCGCUGUAAUCAUUCCUCUAGUCCAGGGGUGUCAAACUCAAAUACACAGAGGGCCAAAUUUAAAAACUCCGUCCAAGUCUGGGGCCGGACAAAAAAAAGAUAUAUGUAAACAUGAACUUAAGUUUAACACAGGCCUAUUGAAUCUGGGACAAGCAGACUUAAUCUUAGGCCUAUUAGUUAUUGUCUAUAAACACAGAGAUCAAAUUUCUAAAUAAAAUAAACAUCAUUGGCAUUCAUUUCCUAUGCCUCUCUUUUCUGCAUAUCGCAGGAGCUCCAUUUGUGGUCAGUCCAACAAGUUUGACCCAAGGCGGCCCCAUUUAAUUUACACAUUUGGAUACCUCUUCAAAGAGAUCUUUCCCCUUAGUGUGCCAUGCAUUGAUUUAAAUCCCAAAAGUUCCUCUAUAAGGCACUCCACGGAUGCAGAUUGACAGCUGGGCAGUAUCAGAUGUGUCGCUGCUCUCAUCCACAGCAAGGGAGUAUGCAAUUAAAUCUUUUCCCUUUCCCAUCAGCUGUUGUUGUAGAUCGGUGGCAAGGUCACAUACACAAUCAGCAACAGUGUUUCUGCUCAGGCUCACAUUUAAAAAUGCUUGCCUUUUAUCAGAGCACACGAUGUCGCAAACAUUUAUCAUGCAGUUCUUGACAAACUCUCCCUCGGUAAAGGGUUGGGCUUCUUUAGCGAUCUCCGCUACUACAAUAAAGUUUGCCUUUACAGCAACCUCACUUUGUGAUUUGGCUUUUACGAACACAGUCUGCUGUGACACCAGGGUUCUUUUCAACUCCUCUUCUGGAGCUUCUGUUUCAUGUCCAGAUGUUUGUACUAGUCUUGGUGUUUCGUUUCAUAGUGCCGUCUUAAAUAUAUUCUUUCAUUACAGCCACAUCGGCUCUGCCCACAAGACAAACAGGUUUGCCCUUUACAUCGGUAAACAUAUAUUCUGCCUCCCACCACGCUCCUCCUCGCGUUUGCGCGUGUAAAUUGACGUAGGCUACCAACACGGUGGCAGUGCAAUGUGGGACUUGCAGUAUUAGUGGUGCAUGCGACAUACCGGUGGCCGCGGCAGACCAGCUCUGAUAGACAUUACAUAUUAUCUGGCGGGCCAAA